GACAUGAAGAUGGACAUUUUGGAUAAGAUUGCUCAGGCAGUUUUUGAAGUGAAAGCCUAUCCUGAUCAAGACCAGAUUGAGUCUGUUGCUUCUGCUCUCUUCAGUAGGCACCCCUGUCUUCAAGAACCGGGCAGUGGCAUGGGGUAUGAUGGAUGGAAAAUGAGCAUAAAAUACAAACUUGGUAAUUACAGGUCCAAGCUACGUAACGCAGGCUGCAUUGAGGUCAGCAUUAACCGGAGAAGAAGCGGUGAAGAUGAUGGUGCAGGUCCUUCUUUGAAGAGAGCAAAGCGAGGGGAGAUUAACUAUGUUCCUGACCACCCAGAUACCCAUACUGAUGACUUGCUGGAGGAGGAAAGACUAGCUCUGGUUGAGGAGUUAAAGAAGAGGAAUAAGAAUGUUGCACUCAUAAAGCAACAGAUGGAGGUGACAUUCUCCCUGAGGCGCAAGGAGAUUGUGGAGCUAGUGCCUAUGGUGUCAGAGGUUCAGGAGCGGUGGCCUGCUCUGUUUUACGAGGCAGAGAUCAGGGAAGAGUUUCUUCGGAUCACCAACAAGGACCUAAUAGACAACUUCGGAGCAGCCAUUAAUCAGCACACUCCUAGGCUCCUUAAACUCUAUCGGGCUAGGCGGACAGCUUUCCCGCCUGAGAUGGAUCAACUCCUUAACAGACUGGAUGAAGAGACAUCUGACAUCAUAGCACAUCGACACACUGCAGCCUUGAAGGGCCUCCCCUUGUAUCUCCGUGACAGUCAUGAGAAGCUCUUCAGGAACUGUCUGGUGAGUGGUUAUUAGUAGAAAAAGUAAAUAUUUAUUAUUAUUCUGUUAUUAAAAAUAGACUCUCUUUGACUUCAACCUUUGCCUCUCUGCCAUUUUGUCCCAUUCUAGUCUAUCCAUCCCACUGUCCUCCUUGUUUUCUUUAUCUGUCCCAAUGCCCACAGCGUCUUCAAGAGUUGUACUUUGCUGGCUAUUACUUGAUGUAAUUUCUUUCAUGUAUAUGGGGGUUAAAUCUUUGGUUGCGGGGUAUGAGAUGGAAAUAUUUAACCCUAAGAGGAUUCCUUAGGUUGUCUAGUUUUAUAUGAGACAGUAUCUUCACUCAUUUUCUGUCUGUCAUCACAAGGCCACUGACCCAGAAGAGGAGCAGACGAAGGGCCUCAUCGUGGGUAUCCUCACUGUGUUGGAGGU